AUGGCUGAAGAAAAAGACGACGUUCGCGAUCAGAUCGCAAAAGAACUCUCACAAACCCCCUUUGCAUGCCCCUCACUCACUCGGUUGUCCGGCGGGACCGCCAAUUUCGUCUACCGAGGCACACCCGCCUCAUCCCCGGAUUCCAUCAUCAUCAAGCACACCAAAGACCAUGUUGCUUCCAAUCCGAAUUUCAAACUUGAUACGAAGCGAUGCCAUUUCGAAGAAGCUAUUCUACAGGCACUUGAUGGUCUACCCUCUCACUUGCAGGGGAAUUUUACGGUGAAGACGCCUCGCGUUUUCUACUUUAAUAAGGAAACAAACACUCAGGUUCUGGAGGACCUUCCCAAAUCGCUUGAUCUUAAGAACUUCCUUCUUUCAGAUUUAGCAAAAGGCGCGUCGGAGGCUAUGGGCCGGUCGCUUGGUCGCUCACUUGGAACUUGGCUCCGGUCGUUCCACGAUUGGGCGGACAAACCUGAGCAGAAAGAGUGUAGAUCGCUGCUUGCUCAGAACCAAGCGAUGAAGACGUUGAAGUUUCAUGUGAAUUAUGCUCUUCUGGUUGAUACGAUUGCCCAAUUUCCAGCUCUGUUGGAACAGAGCCGUAGUGUUUUUGAGGAUGUGAAGAGUUUGGCAGAGAGGGACAUGAAUAAUAAGGACCAGGGUGGGUGUGGGAUUAUUCAUGGUGAUUUUUGGACUGGGAAUGUGCUUGUUCCGAGAUUUCCACUUGAUGAACAUUCCGAUACUACGCUGUUUAUUAUUGACUGGGAACUUUGUCAAAUCGGGACACGAGCAUUAGACCUCGGCCAGAUGAUCGCUGAGUUGUACGAAACAAAACUGUUCAAGGAGGUGAAUUGUGGAUUGUGGAUUAUCAAGGGAUUGAUGGAGGGCUAUGGGUCUCUUAGCGAUGAGAUGGCCUUUAGAACUACGAUCCACGUCGGUGUUCAUCUUGUUGUAUGGGGAAGUCGGGUUGGAGGAUGGGGUACCCAGGAACAGGUUGAAGAAGUUGUAAAAGUUGGAAGGGAUCUUAUUAUGCAGGGGUGGAAUAAGAACAGAAAUUGGUUUGAGGGAGGGGAUUUGGAAUGUCUCUUUGCAAACUAG